AUUUUUGGUGUGUGUUAUCGAAUAUAUAUAUAUACUUUUUUUUUCAUAUAAAAUAUAUAAAAUUUGAAAUGUAAUGACGAUAUACAUAUACACAUGCGAUUAACAAGGAAGAUAAAUGCCCGGAGUUUGCGCACGUUGUCAUCGCGAAGUUUAUUUCGCGGAGGAAAGAUUGGCUCUUGGAAAAGUUUGGCAUACGUUGUGUUUCUCUUGCCUCAACUGUCGAAAAUUGUUGGACAGUUGUACAGUGUCAACGCAUCGUGGUGAAUUAUUUUGUCGAAAUUGUUACUCCCGACUUUUUCCAAGCAUUUUACGUUCCACGAAGGAGAAUAAUUUAUCCAAAGAAAUCAAAACAUUUCCUCGCUCAACGAUCCUAAAUUCGUCGAUCUCUGUUAAGGAUUCCACUUGUUGUCAUUGCUGUUGUUACUGCGCUACUGAAGAUUCUCCGAUUGGUGAAGUAUCGUCGAUAAACAACAAAGAUUAUCAUUUGAAGAAGCAUAGUAGACUACGUGGAGGUGGGGAAGAAGAGGAAAAGUCGCAAUCGAGAUAUCAGAAUUCAUUUGGAAGUAUAAUAGUUCACUUAAAUGUGAAAAUGAAGAUCGUAAGUGCAGGUAUUUCCAGUACGGAAGGAAAUAAUAAAAAUCCAAUCAACGUGUCGUCAACGCCACGUCCUUGCCUACGAUUAUCGGCUCGCCGUGUGUCUUUCUGCGAAGAUAAAAACACUGUUGAUCGUCGUCGUGAUAUGCAGAAUGAUCGAAAAGUAUUUUUGGAUGAUGGAAAUCUCGAUGAUUGUUCGAAAGCAGAUAUUCUAACUAUACGUUCCUCCGAGGAUUUAAGAAAACAUGAUCAGGAUUUAAACGAUGAAGAUUUAAAUUAUUCCGAUGUCGGUGGAACAACGCAAACACCAUGCCACGAUAACGAUCUCAUUGAUAAAGAUAACGAAAAUAAUAUUGACAAGGACAUGACAAAUUGUAUUCAUAGAAAUCUUCAAGAUUCUUCGAACAAUAUUCAAGAUAAAAAUGAUAAUGAUGACGAUCGUAUGAGAGGAGGUCACGGAGGAAAAAAUUGUCGUAAAUCGAGAAAAGCGGAAAGUUGUUGCGCUAAUAUACCGAUUAACGAAGAAUGUGGAUGUUUUUCUUGCCAGAAUUCAGAUAACAGAGGUUGCUGUUACCGUAAACGACUUAUAGAAUUCGAAUCAUGCCCUCCUAAGGAAUGCGAUCCUUGUAUUGACGAUAAUAAAUGUUUAUCUUGUGCCGAUAAAAGAGAUUGUUGUCCACCCGCAGGAUGUAGACCAAUUUGUAGGAAACCUAGGAGAAAUUGUUGUUCACCUUGUAAAGGAGAAUUGCCAAGUUGUGGUGGUGGGGGAUGUUGUGGUAGUGGUUGUCGGGGUGGAUGCGGUAAACCUGGUCAAACUUGUAUGCCGGCUCGACAAUGUUUGAUUCCACCUUGCCGACUAUUUCCUCCGUGUGUCGAAACAUCCUGCUCAUCACCGCGACCUUUCCUAUCGGGUUCACCUUGUCGUCGACCACUUAGUCGAGGAGAAUGUUGCAUGGGAGGCGGUGGCCCGAGCUACUGCCGGUCAAGAAGUCCACCAUGCCGCACUAUUAUUAACGGAGAUUGUUGUUGCGACAAUAUUACCUGCUACGAUACCGACGGAAUUGAUUCAUGUUGCAAGGCCAAGCUACCUCCAGGAUGUGAAUGCCUAGGUGGUGGUCUGGAUUGUCAACGUUGCGGACGAAAGGUGUACCAAGCUGAAAUGCAGAUCGCAUCCGGUGUGCCGUAUCACAACAUUUGCUUCAGUUGCUUCUGCUGUCGUAAACCGCUCGAACCUUUGACAUAUCAAGAAAAUUGUGGGGAGAUUUAUUGUAAACAAUGCUAUAUCAGAAAUUUUGGACCGCAAGGAUACGGUUACGGUAUGGGAGCUGGCGCUCUGCAGACCCCAAUGUGAAGCAAUAAUAUCGGAGAAAAUAUGCAAAAAC